GCGCCGCUCACCUCCACCACCACAUCCCUGUUUCUCUGAAGUGCUCAAAUACACGACUUCCAGUCUCCACAGAAAGAUGGUCUGUGGAGGCCCGAGUCCUGCUGAUGGAAAAUGCUGAUUUGAGGAUGUUAAAAUGAAUGUUGUCCUGUUUCAGUUAGGUCAAAAGAAGGCGGAGUGAUGAUGUUUUCUGUUGGCUAAAUCCACUCCAAGUAACAAAAUGAAGAGAAGGCUGCUGCGUGGGUUCCUAUCGGAAAUUUCCAUCCGGUUGGCGCUGCUGUCGGUGUUCCUUGUGACAGAGCAGCUUCCUCCUUUCUACCGUGAGAUCCAGGCAGAGGAGAUGUGGCUGUAUAAAUUCCAUCGUGUGGAAAGAGACCAUGUACCAACUUCCCUUAUGUUUAGUGUAGCUGUUUUCUCACCACUGAUUGUAAUCCUGGUUUUUACCCUUUUCAAUAAAUCGGGGCGCGGAGAUCUGAAAGAAUCGUCUUUGGCUGUGACUCUGACUUUGGUCCUCAAUGGAGUUUUCACCAACAUCAUCAAACUUGUUGUCGGAAGGCCACGUCCAGACUUCUUCUACCGAUGUUUCCCAGACGGUCAGAUGAACUUGGAGCUGCGCUGCAGCGGUGACCCAGAUGUUGUCAUGGAGGGAAGAAAGAGCUUUCCCAGUGGGCAUUCUUCCUUUGCCUUUGCAGGUUUGGGUUUUACAGCACUGUACAUCGCAGGAAAGUUGCACUGCUUCAGUACAGCAGGCCAAGGCAGAGCAUGGCGGCUGUGUGCCUUCCUCACCCCUUUACUCAUCGCAACUGUAAUUGCCCUCUCUCGAACCUGCGACUACAAACACCACUGGCAAGAUGUUUUAGUGGGUUCUCUGCUUGGUUUUGCCUUCGCCUGGCUCUGCUACAGGCAGCACUUUCCUCCUCUUCAGGAUCCGGACUGCCACCGACCCUUACGACACAGAGAGACUGUUCCUGCCGCACAAGAGCGCAAGCUGGCCAACUCCAACUACAUCCUGCCUCUGUAGAGAAGCUGUAACUGCUUUAUACUCUUAAACUGGUGUCAUUUACAGGGUUACCCAGAAUUCCCUGUAAUUCUGGUUGUUACAUCUUUAGUAAAGGAGAUCAUGUGGAUAUUUAUUUUCAUUAUCAAUUAUCAUAACAUGAUUGUGGGGAUUUAUUGAAGUUACAAAUGAAUUCAUUAGCACAUCAACAGUCCAACCUGGUGGACAACUGUAUUUCCAAAUCCAAAAAAGGUGUUUAACUUACAGGAUAUAUUGUGUUUUUUGUUUUUUUCUUCUAGUUAUCCUGACAUUGUUAAUGUCAUGUGGCCCAGCUUUAUACACACUGUGUGUUGUGCCUAUAGAUAACAGAACUUAAAAUCCUCACAGCAGCUGAGCAGAUUAACUGCACAAGCGUUGCGCUAACGGUCCACUGCCCCUCAGUCUCUGGCUCAGCUGUUCUGAGAGUUUGUCUUUUGGGUUACUAUUUUGUGAUUGUUUUGUAAACUUACAACUUCUGAAAAUAAGCAGGGUUGAGGCUUUAGGGGAGAUAUCUGAAUACUGUAUUAAUUUUCUUUGCAUGUAAGCUCAUUCUUGAUAUUAUGGGAACAUUUUAUAGUAAGUAAGAUUAAAGCUCAUGAGGCCUACCUCAUAGAAAUUUAGAAUUUUCUUCCACAUCUGAUGGUCUUUUGAUUUUAAAGUUGACACGACUUAAAUGAUACUAAACAAACAAACAAUGGCAGUAGCCAACACAAGCAGUGUCAAAAGUGUCAAAGUCCUAACUAUCGAUAGUGUCAGCUAAAAGGCAAUUGAUUACCACAGGAUAGAACUUUAUAUUUAGGACAACAUUUGUAGCUUCAGUUGCUUAAAGAUGCUGAUUAACAAGAUUCAAAGUGAACCUUUGAGCUUAGGUUUCCUCUUCACCAUAGAUUACAUGUUUUUUAGAUGAAAACUGGUUUCGUUAGAGCUGUGUGAGUGGGGAGUUUACUUCUGAAAGGGGUGGGUUAUAUGAGUUAAAAUCCUUUUCCAGUGUGCAAAUUAUUGUAUGUCAGUAUUUCUAUUGUGAAAACACUUUCGCUGAAAAAAAACAAAACAUUUUUUAAAGUAAAUUAUUAGGUACAGCAGAUGUUUUAAUUUAAAAAUGCUAAAUAGUUUUUCUUGGAUAGUAGUUUUUGUUGUGACUCCAGCUGUUGUAUUCUGUCUCAGACUAUUUUCAGACACAAUAUACAUUUAGUACUUUUAACAGCUUUUGAACAACAACUCAACUCUAGUACAGAAAUAAAAUAUAUAACGCUUCAGCUGUAAAGUGGGUUUAUUUAAAUUUUUGAUCAUGGGAUUUAUUAAAUAAGAAAAACAAAUAUCUCCACAUUCUUAAACUCUUUGUUUUUUAAGUAUUGACAGUGUCAUAUAUGUCGACCCUUUCAUUUAUAGUCAGGUUAAUCAAAAAUCAGGUUCAUCGGCAUGACUUGUUUACAGUUACCUCUGCUAGGACUGCUUUAACUCUUUCUGUCUUCCUAUAGUAAAUUAUGAAUGUUUCCAUUUGCAGAAUCUUUUUGUUUAAUUUCUAUAAAAAGUAACGUGUCCAAAGCUUAGUAUAACAUCCAGAUGUAGCAGUGUCACUCUAUGCUUCUCACACUUUUAUCAGUGCCUGCUGUAUUUAAAAUUGUAAUCUCAUUUCAGCUUUAGCUAGUCAUAUUAUCACAAUUUAGUAUGACUGUAAAAGAACUAUGAGGUAAAUGUCUGCAUCGGUGAUCUCGGGCUUGAGCUAGAUUUGGUUUUUGUAACUGCAGCCCCCCCCCUUUCCCCAUCUUAAAUCUGACUUUUCACCAGAAGUUAAGAGACGAGGUCAGACAGUCAGAUUCCUUAGUGACAGUGGAGUUGGAUCUUUCUGCUGAACCUCUUUGGGUUUGGAGUGUAACUUCUUCAGGUGAUGGUGCUAGCCUUCCAGUGCUUCUGCUGGUCAGGUUUUCCAUGCUUUGAUUAGUGUAACUCAUGUCUUCAGUUAAGUAGUUUGUUAUUUUUAGUUUUCAUUACCUUUUAAAAUAGUGAAUGUUACUGUUUGGGACAUAUCUGCAUUGAGUUUUACUACUCUAUGAUCAUUUUGAAUUGUCUUUUAGUUGUGUUUGAAGCAAUGACUUCCUUCCAGUGUUAGUUACUUGUAAUGUUUUCCCAGGCUGGACCGUGUGUUAUUAUUUGUGUGUAAAAGCAGCCAAUGUCUUGCAUGGUUAAAGCUCUUCUUGUAGCUUUAAGCCAAGUUUAAAGCAUCAGGAUCACAGUCGUUUCAAUCCAAACUUGGCAGAACAUAAAAGUACAAUUUGUGCCUUGUUUACCACAUUACUAGCUUACAUUAUCUCAGUUAAUGAAUGAAGUAUAUGCUGCAUGUUACAGUGUAUGCUUUCUGUCUCAAGUUGUUUUUUUUUUCUUUGACAUGUGUACAGUAGACUUGUUAAGAAACUACACAAUGUUAAAUAUUGCAUGCUGCCUUUUCUUUUUACCUCAGACACUAAACUUGAUUGCUUUUGCUUAUGUUUUUUUUUUCCUCAAAUGUAAAUGUUUCUCAGUGUAAAUUUAAAUUAGAGGGACUACAGGAGGAAAAAAUUCACUUUGAGACAGUAAAAACAAAUUAAUUUAUUUUGGUAGUCUCGUGUUUUGUUUUUAUGUGUAGGUCUAUUUAAUUUUAGGACAUUUAGGAGUUUACUUAAACCUUGUUUUCCUUCCUGUAAAUGUGAUGAACAUUAAAUUGGGAUUCAUGCUUGAGGUAGAUUUUGUUCAUGAGAGUCUGUAAAUCUUGCAACAAACAAAUUUUCAUUUUUUUUUUUAUUAUCUUUCUUUAAUUUAGCUUCUGUAAUUUUUCAGUGACUAUUUACUGUACCAGGUUAUUGAUCAUUUUGAACUGUUUAAAUGAUGAGGGAUUAUAUAAAAACUUGCUUUUAUUGCUUACAUGUCACGAUCUUAUGGUAGAUGCUCAUGCUGACACAAUGUCCUGAUUGUUGUGACUCUUAUAAUUAAACUCUUUGUGACACUUGA